ACGGUCCGAAAACUAUAACAGUACCACGCAAACUAAGACGCGAACGGCAACAUCAGGCGAAUAAGGGGGAUUUACAUGGCGAGAUUUCGUGUGGAGUGCGAGCCAAUCACGCAAAGCAUCAGCCGAAGAAAGAAAGAAUUUAUGUUGCAUACUAAGAUCUCAGACGCAUUUUAGAGAAUUUCAUUACGGCAAGAGACUGCACUAAAUCGUAAACCAUGUCAGUGAACACGGCGUGCAUAUUCCGGAUUCUGCUCAUUGCUUCUCCCAGGACACGAGUUUCGACAGGCCGCUGACCGGACAACGCAGCACCCCAGCGACAGCAGAGGGGACGACUGAACCUGUGAAACAGUCCGACUUUUUCCUUGAAUACAGUACUGGUGGAGAUCGCCAACACAGGACUAUGCUGUCCAUCCUAGCAGCAGGAUCUGUGUUCUUCCCAGGUCUUUUCCUAUUGUCAAAGCAAUGUCUCAAGCACUUCCCUGGCUUAAAAUGGAACGAAGGUGACGCAGUUGUUGUAUCUGCCAGGUUGGUGUCCUCCAUCCAAGCCAUUAUGGCAUCCUCAGCUGGGUACAUCAUUUCCACUUCUUGUGAUGACAUCAUUGAAGACCAGCACUGGUUAACCAGCUCUUACAUCUUGUUUGCUGUGCCGUAUUUUGUGUACGACAUCUAUGCGAUGUUCCUGUGCUACUGGCACAAACUCCAGGUGAAAGGUCAUGAGGUGGACACAGGGCCUAAGCCAAUGACUGUAGCUCUCAGCAGCUACCUGCGCAAAGAAUUCCUGAUGGUCCUCCACCAUGUCGUCAUGGUCACUGUCUGCUUCCCCGUCUCUGUGUUCUGGAGGCAGGGGAAAGGAGAUUACUUCCAAGGCGUUAUGUUUCUUGCUGAACUCAGCACUCCAUCCGUCUGUCUUGGAAAAAUCCUUAUACAGUACAAGCAGCAGCACACUCUUCUUCACAAAGUGAAUGGAGCUCUCAUGCUGAUCACUUUUUUCAUCUGUCGAGUCCUUCUCUUCCCCUACCUGUACUACGUUUACGGCAGAUAUGCCUCUAUCCCUUUCUACCUGGUUCCCAUAGCUGUGCCCUGGCAGUGUAACUUGGGGGCAGCGCUUCUGCUGGCCCCCCAAAUCUACUGGUUCUCUCUGAUCUGCAGAGGGGCACUACGUCUGUUCACUGGCUCAUCACGAUCCCACAGUCCAAAAGAUCCUGCCAGACCCGACCCAGAUGGACAUACCGUAAGGCCUCAGCCAGCCAAUGGAUACAGCGCUUGCACAAAGGAAACGGGACACGACUGGAGCCAUGUACUAAGAGAAUGAGGUUAAGUGUGUGUGUUUGCGUGUAUGUGUUAUAUCUGUGUGUGUGUGUGUGAGAGAGAGUGAGUGAGAG